UCGUUCAAUGUCAUUAAUUUAUUCAACAAAUGAUAAACGUUUAUUUAUUUUAUAUCGUUUUGGUGAAUAUUUAGAUAUAUAUCCAAAAGAAAAACGUACUUGGAAACGACGACAUUUAUGUGAUUCAAUAUCAGAAGAUAUUGCUUUAAUUCGAUCAUCAAAUGGUUAA